CUGGGGCCGUUGGAAUAUCAUUUGCAGAUGCAGCAAUUCUAUCAAUUGCCGAUUUUGGGAGUACCAUUUAACACGGCCGUGUUGGUUUGUUCCCCUUCCCUUCUGGCCACCGUUGGUCUCUCUUCUUUUUCAUAAAUGUGAGGCCUAACCUACUCUCCACAUACAUUCCGCACGCUACCGGUUUUUUAGAGAGAGAGAGAAACACCGGAGUAUUUGUAUUUUGAGUGGGGGUUAAAGUUUGUGUCCAGUUGGUUGCUGCUAUGAGCAGAUUUAGAUUUGGAUUUGGAUUUGAAUUUGAGUUUGAAUUUGGAGUUGGAGUUGGAGUUGGUGGAAUUUGGGGGUUUGUGGUGGACUCCAUCAAUAAUAAAGAGUGAGAAUGAUGUCUUCAGGGAUAAAUCUGGUGAUGACAGUGAUUGGAUUCUCAGUGAGUAUUCUCUUCAUAGUGUUUGUGUGCACGAGGCUAAUUUGUGCCAGAAUUAUCCGUUUCAAUGCCUCCAGAGGAUCUCUUUUCAGGCUACAUACAUCUGAUCCCACCGCUCUGGAGAGGGGUCGUCAUGGUGUCGACCCGCUUGUGGUGGCCAAUUUUCCAACGAAAAGGUACAGAGAGUUGUGCUUUCCGGUGGAAGAAAAUGCUCAGUGCACCGUAUGCUUGUCUGAAUAUCACGACGAAGAUGCGCUGCGUAUCCUGCCCUUCUGUGGGCAUUUCUUCCAUCCAAGUUGCAUCGACGCGUGGUUGCAGCAGCACUUCACUUGCCCGGUAUGUCGAAUUUCCCUCCGGGAGGUUCCCGAGAGGAAGUGGUUCAUGCAACCGAUGUUUAGCUCUGCUAUCCGGUCGCAGUUCUGCAUCGACUCCAUUAAUGUACAUUACUCUCGGUGCGCGGAAAACAGCCAUAGACAUUUGUCGGUAUCCCACCGAGCAAUGGAUCCACCCGGUCGAGAUGGCAAUUUCAUCCCUGCCGUUAAUCAUGAUCCGAUGGCGAAGGAUUUGGAAAAUCAGAAGGUGGAGAGCUCGUCGGCGUGAUAAGGCAACAGCGAGCUGCCGGAGCAUCGGCAAAACUCGGCCGGAAGCCAAUACAUAAUAUUUUCCGGUGGGAACCUUAGCUUAGCUUUCUGCACAUAUUGCUUGUAAAUGCUUGCUUCGUCUAUCUUCAACUUAUUUACACACUAUUUACUUAUGUUUUCAAAUUUAUUUAUGAUAGCAAAAUUGUCUAUAAUUCUCUUGUAGUUUCGAAACUCAACGUAAAU